AUGAACCGCUUCGCACCGAGACAGAACGAGAGCAGCGCAGACGGCCAGACGGAGCGCUCCCUGAUGAUUUACGGGGGUACCGUGGCGUCCACCUGCUUCCAGAUCUCCACACCUCAAACGACGGCGAGCAGCAAGCCGGCCAGCACGAAGAGGGCGACGACAGAGGCUGAGCCCCGGAGGUAUGGGCGUCCCCCGCCCCCUCCACCCCAACACACUGUAGGGCUCCUGUCUGUGCAGUGCCUGCUCUGGGGGCUGGAGGACGAGGAGGAUAACGAUGACGGUGAUGCCGGCAGGUGGAUGAGGAAACCGUCAGACGAUUUCAGUCAUACCCUUUCCAAAAUGGACAGGAUCCGCAGGGCAUACCGGAAUCCGGUUCCUUAUACCCCACUGUCUUAA